GCGCACACCCGCAUACCACAUACGUACUCACUCCCGAGCAUCCUUCCCCAGCCAAGCACUCGAUAGGUGGUAGCAAACUACCUAGCAGAGCCAGCGCCGAGGAACCACCGGCGCAGCAAUCCCCCGUCACACUCGGGAGAAGGAAGGAAUUAGAAAAUAGAAAAGGCCGCCCUCUCAGACAUAUUCUAUUAUGGCCGGAAGGGACCCCUACACCCGCUUGGACUUUGACCCUCCAUCACAUCCCGACGUCGACAACCGCUACGACGACGACUCUCCCCCGCGCUCUCCAGGAGGUCAUCACAUCGCCGGAAUGAAUCCCCACCGCAAUCCUCACGCUUAUGAUCCCCCUCUCGAUGGCGGUCUCCACUCGCACACCCCCUCGCCGCCUGGAGGCGGUUACCAGCUCGAAGACAACCCCGGUCCCUACCGUCCACAGCGACAGAACACUGCUGGAUACCCAGCGCAGCACACGCACAUGCCCGAGUGGCCAGAUCACCCGAGUAACGUUCUGGUUGCGCAACCUACUUACUCGGUAUCGAAUCUUCCCCACAGCUACAAUGAAGCCCCCCCGGCACCUCCGUCUCGAACCGAUAUGCGCACUCCCGGCGCCCCCGAUCCAUUUCAGCAUGUUAUGUAUCCGGAGGAUCACAGGGAUGCCUACAAUACCGAGCCGUACCAGCCACACGUCGCCGGUGUCGAUGCCUACGGAAACCCCUUCGACAACUCCCACACGUAUGACGGUCCCUACGACGAUGAUAACCGUCCGAUCCUACAAACCCCGGAAACAGUACCGACGCCUCUUUCGGCGGAUCCGGACUCAUACUUUCCCAACCCAGCCGUGUCUCCGGUGCCACAGAGCGGCACGCCAGGGCCGGGUCUUCGGAGAUGGAAGACGGUGAAGAAGGUAGCCUUGUUUAAGGGUAACUUGGUAUUGGACUGUCCCGUACCUAAGAAGCUGUUGCAAAUGCUGCCGAUGAAGACGGAGCGCGAGUUCACGCACAUGAGAUACUCAGCGGCGACUUGCGAUCCCUCGGAAUUCGUCAAGGAACGGUUUACUCUGCGCCAAAAGCUGUUCCAGCAGCCACGUGUUACUGAGCUCUUCAUCGUCGUGACAAUGUACAACGAGGAUGAAAUUCUGUUUGCGCGCACUAUGGCUGGUGUGUUCAAGAAUAUCGCCUAUCUGUGCUCCAGAAACAAGUCGAAGACCUGGGGCGCAGAGGCGUGGAAGAAGGUGGUGGUCUGCGUAGUGAGCGACGGUCGCGGAAAGAUCAAUCCCAGAACCAGAAGUGUUCUCGCAGGUAUGGGAUGCUACCAGGAAGGAAUCGCGAAGACGAAAGUCAACGAAAAGGACGUAACUGCGCACAUCUAUGAGUAUACCACUCAAGUAGGAAUCGAACUUGACAAAAACGACAUUGUCCAGCUCAAUCCGGGAGGGAAGAAAACGACACCUGUGCAGAUACUGUUCUGCCUCAAGGAAAACAACCAGAAAAAGAUCAACUCCCACCGGUGGUUCUUCCAGGCGUUUGGGCCGGUAUUGGAGCCAAAUGUCUGUGUCUUGAUUGACGCCGGAACCAAGCCCGGUGGAACAAGUAUUUACCACUUGUGGAAGGCCUUCGAGGUGAAUCCACAGUGUGCUGGAGCUUGUGGUGAGAUCAAGACGAUGUUGGGACCUGGAGGAAAACUAUUGCUUAAUCCGUUGGUUGCUACACAAAACUUUGAGUACAAGAUGUCAAAUAUCCUGGAUAAACCACUCGAGAGUGUGUUUGGAUUCAUCAGCGUGCUUCCCGGAGCUUUCUCGGCGUACAGGUAUGUCGCUUUGCAGAACGACAUGAGUGGCGAGGGUCCUCUGGAGAAGUACUUCAAGGGUGAAAAGAUGCACGGAGCAGACGCCGGAAUCUUCACUGCGAACAUGUACCUCGCAGAAGAUCGUAUUCUGUGCUUCGAGCUCGUCACCAAACGGAAGAGUCACUGGGUCCUGCAAUACGUCAAAUCGUCCUACGCCGAGACGGAUGUUCCCGACGAAAUCUCGGAGUUGAUCUUGCAGCGACGACGAUGGCUGAACGGAUCCUUCUUUGCCGCGGUUUACGCUCUGGUCCAUGUCUUUGACCUCUGGAGAAGCGACCAUUCGCUCAUGCGGAAAUUCAUGUUCCACAUAGAGUUCUUGUAUCAGACGAUUUCCAUGCUGUUUUCUUGGUUUGCUAUUGGUAAUUUCUUCCUUGUUUUCAGAAUCUUGACGGCCAGUUUGGGGGACGAACAACUUGGAUUCCCACCCGGACGCGUUCUCAGUGUGGUGUUCGAAUGGAUCUACCUCGGUGUUUUAGUCACAUGUUUCAUCAUGUCGCUGGGAAAUACGCCGGGUGGAUCUCGAAAGUUGUACAUGUCGAUCGUGGUUUUCUGGGCGAUAAUCAUGCUGUACCUUCUCUUCGCCGCCAUAUUCAUCUCCGUCCGGUCGAUCCAGAGAGAGCUAGAUACAACUGGCUCGUUGACUAUCGGAGGAAUCUUCAGUAAUCAACUCUUCCGAGAUCUGAUCGUAUCGUUGUGUUCGACUUACCUGCUCUAUUUCAUCGCAUCGUUCAUGUUUUUCGAGCCAUGGCACAUGUUCACGUCCUUCGUGCAAUACUUGCUGCUGUCGCCCUCCUACAUCAACGUCCUGAACGUCUACGCAUUCUGCAACGUCCACGACAUUUCCUGGGGAACCAAAGGCCCCGACGUGCCACCUCCGAUCGUUGGCGGAACCGUCAAGACCUCGGACGGACAGGCAUCAGUCAGCGUUCCCGGCGACGACAAGGACCUCGACGAGCAAUACGAGGCGGAAAUGAACGUGCUCUCCAAAAAGGCGGUCGCGGAAGUCCGGAAAGUCGACGAGACGCAGAGCCAGAAGGAUUACUAUGCCGGUGUGAGAUCUGGUGUCGUGCUCGCGUGGAUGUUUACGAAUUUUGCGCUUGCCGCCGCGAUUCUGAACUCGGCGGGUCUGGAUCGGCUGGUUAGUGGUGAUGAUGACAGUGUCGAGAGUGCGAGGAGUAAGCUCUAUCUGGCUAUCAUCCUCUGGACAGUCGCGGCGCUCUCGGCAUUUAGGUUCUUGGGGUGCACGUGGUUUUUGGUGUUGAGAAUGUUCCGUGGCGUUUAAUACCUGAUCUACGUUUGUUUUCAUUUUCCUUUUCCUUUUCCUUGAUACCGGCUCUUCAAAGUACAUUCUUGCGUAUUUAUCCGCCUCAUUGUACAUGAUACCUACAUCUUAGUUGGCUUUUAACUACCUGUGCGAGUGAUGAAUAAUGAUUUACGGUUUUAUUGGGUAACGGUGGUGAUUGUGGUGAUGGGGUAGAUGGGGUGGAUGGGGAGUUUUUGGGGAGGGGGUUAGGGAUUUAACUAGAGCUAGAGGGAAUCGAUAGAUACUA